GUUGGCCAGACACCACCUUGGAAGGUCCUCCUGACAAUCCAGUUCCUCACAGACCUCUGACAUAGCCACUGGGAUACUCCAUUAGGCCACCCUCAUCAAAAGAAGAGCAAACAGAAUCCCAAUGUUUAGGCCUCUGACCCUGGACUGGAAGAGACUCCCAAGCCCUGUGGCUGCACUCUCUGUGAGAAGAACCAGUGAUGAGGCAAACCGCAGGCUCAAACUGGCCAACAAAGUCGCUGUGGUCACAGGGUCCACAAACGGGAUUGGCUUCUCCAUCGCUCGGCGUCUGGCCCAGGACGGGGCCCAUGUGGUCAUCAGCAGCCGGAAGCAGCAGAACGUGGACCGAGCAGUGGCCAUGCUGAGGGGGGAGGGGCUGAGUGCGACAGGCACUGUGUGCCAUGUGGGGAAGGCAGAAGAUCGAGAGCAGCUGGUGGCCAGGGCCUUGGAACACUGUGGGGGUGUGGACUUCCUGGUGUGUGUUGCCGGGGUGAACCCCUUGGUGGGAAGCACCUUAAGGAGCAGUGAGCAGAUCUGGGACAAGAUCCUGAGUGUGAAUGUCAAGGCCCCAGCCCUGCUACUGAGCCAGCUGCUGCCCCAUAUGGAAAGCAGGGGACAAGGUGCGGUGGUCCUGGUGUCCUCGGUGGCAGCCUAUGUACCCCUUCCUAGGCUGGGCGUCUACAACGUCAGUAAAACAGCCCUACUGGGACUAACCAAGACUCUGGCAGUCGAGCUGGCACCAAAGAGCAUCCGAGUGAACUGCCUGGUACCAGGAGUCAUCAACACAGACUUCGGCCGAGUGCUCACCGAAGACUCAGCCUGUGAGGAACAUUUGAAGUAUUUCUAUGGAAUGCAGAGAGUGGGUCGGCCUGAGGACUGUGCCGGACUCGUGUCUUUCCUCUGCUCCCCAGAAGCCAGCUAUAUCACUGGUGAGAACAUUGCUGUAGCUGGCUGGUCCCCCCACCUCUGAGGAGACCGCCGUUGGAGUUCAGGCUCACCUUCCCAUGUAGGAGCCCUAUGCAAUCCUAGGGCCAGAUGCUGCAAUGUUUUUAAAAAUAAGCCUUUCUCAAAUGUGUAUACUUCAGUUCAAAGCUUUCAGAGGUAUGAAACCUCAUCAGAAAAGAGUCUGCAAUACAAAACCAUCAUUAAACUUUACAAAACAA